CUUGGUUUAGUUGAUAGAAAUGCUAUAUAAUAAAUAUCUCUUUAUAUAUAUAUAUAUAUAUAAAUGAAUUGAUACUUUUGAACCAUUUGUUGUGCCUAUAUGUGAAAGAGUACUAUAUAUCUAUAUAUAUAUAUAACUUCAGCUUGUUUACAAAAUAUUAUCAUCAAGAAUUGCAAAUGGCACAGAGGAAUAUAUUCUAUUGCAGGUUUCUUCCUUAGUUGUUCUUCUUUCCUUCUUUAUAUCUAACAUGGCUUCCGUGUUAGCGAGAGUUUUUGGCUCUCAAAUCUCUGCCUUUAUAUACCGUUGUUUUAUCUAUCACGAUCAUAAUCACAACAUCAAUAAGAACUACAAGAUGCCAAAGGGUCGACCACUUUCCUUACAGACCGUUGAGCUGAAAGUAAGGAUGUGCUGCACAGGUUGCGAGAGAGUAGUUAAAAACGCCAUUUACAAGCUUAAAGGUAUCGAUUCAGUGGAGGUGGAGUUAGCUAUGGAAAGGGUGACGGUUCGUGGUUAUGUUGAUCGGAACAAGGUGCUUAAGGCUGUAAGGAGGGCUGGAAAGAGGGCUGAAUUCUGGCCUUACCCCAAUGCACCACUUUACUUCACAUCUGCUAGCCAUUACUUCAAAGAUACAACCAAUGAGUUCAAAGAAAGCUACAACUACUAUAGACAUGGCUACAAUCUCCCAGAAAGGCACGGGACUAUUCAUGUGUCUCGCCGUGGAGAUGACGAUGUUAGUAACAUGUUCAAUGAUGAUAAUGUCAAUGCUUGCUCCCUCAUGUAAUUAACCUUGUUAUGUGUAUUGCCAAUCGUGAAAACUUUUAUCACAAUAAAAUGUAAAUUUGCAGUGUAUAUAUAUGUAUUGUUAAUCGGGCCGUGCCUGAAAAUUUUUAUCACAAUAUGUAAAUUUGCAGUAAAUGUUGU